AUGAGGGAGUGGUGGGUCCACGUGGGGCUGUUGGCUGUGCCCCUGCUUGCGGCCUAUCUGCACAUCCCGCCCCGCCAGCUCUCCCCUGCUCUUCACUCAUGGAAGUCAUCAGACUCUGUGGGUGUGGUUGGAAGUCCAGAGAUAGUUGUGCUUUUACACGGCUUUCCAACGUCCAGCUAUGACUGGUACAAGAUUUGGGAAGGUCUGACCCUCAGGUUUCAUCGAGUGAUUACCCUUGAUUUCCUAGGCUUUGGCUUCAGUGACAAACCGAGACCACAUCACUAUUCCAUAUUCGAGCAGGCCAGCAUCGUGGAGGUUCUUUGGCGGCAUCUGGGGCUCCCGAACCGUAGGAUCAACCUGUUGUCUCACGACUAUGGGGAUAUCAUUGCUCAGGAGCUUCUCUAUAGGUUCAAGCAGAAUCGACCUGGUCGGCUUACCAUCAAGAGUCUCUGUCUGUCGAAUGGAGGUAUAUUUCUUGAGACUCACCGUCCUCUCCUUCUCCAAAAGCUUCUCAAAGAUGGAGGCAGGCUGUCACCCAUCCUCACGCGACUGAUGAACUUCUUCGUAUUCUCUCGAGGUCUCACCCCGGUCUUUGGGCCAUACACCCGACCCUCUGAGAGUGAACUGUGGGGCAUGUGGGCAGGGAUACACAACAAUGAUGGGAACUUGGUUAUCGACAGUCUCUUGCAGUACAUCAAUCAAAGGAAGAAGUUUAGAAGACACUGUGUGGGAGCUCUUGCCUCUGUAUCUAUUCCCAUUCAUUUUAUCGAUGGGCCACUGGAUCCAGUGAAUCCCUAUCCAGAGUUUUUGGAGCUGUACAGGAAAAUGCUGCUGCGGUCCACAGUGUCGAUUCUGGAUGACCACAUUAGCCACUGUCCACAGAUAUAG